AUGAGCCCGUGGCUCCUUGCCUGCCUGGUGGCUUUCUUCGCGGGAGCCUGGGUCCCUGCUGUCCACCCCCAAGGUAUCUCGGAGGACUGCUGUCUGGCCUAUAGCCCCCACCUCAAGCAGUCCCUGUUUCGGCACCUGCGGCACGUUAGGAAUUUCUAUUGGCAGGACGUGAGCGGAAGUUGCAAUCUGCAUGCUGUGAUAUUCCAGUUCCAAGAGCCGGGCAGGGUUGUGUGUGGGGACCCACAGAACAAGUGGGUGAGGAAGGCCGUAGAACUCUUGAGUGCCCAAAAGAAGCGCUUGAGGGAAGUCAGCAAUGGCACCGCUCUCCCAGGUGGGCUUCCAGGGUUGGGGGGAAAAGCUGAAUUCUGGAGCGCCCAAGAGGCCAUGGAGCAGGUCGAAGCUUCCCGUGAGCAACAGAAAGAAGAAUGCUGGGACGCUGAGCCCUGA